AACAUAGCUGAAAACUGGAAACAGCUGAAACAGAUCUGGGAAAAUUACGCUAACAUCACGAAUUUUACUGCAAAAACGGAACAAUACAGGGUCGCGUUAUUCUUUCACUGCCUGGGUCCAGAUGCCAUGAAAAUCUACAACGGAAUGCAGUUCGCCAGUGAGACGGACUGCCGCAGCUUAUCCAAAAAUAUUGAGAAAUUUGACGGGUUUACUAUCGGAGAAGUCAACGAGACCUACAAACGCUAUAUUUUUAACGGACGAAGUCAGGGCCAAGACGAAUCUAUCGAUGUAUACGUUACUGCGCUAAGAUUUCUAGCUAAAACAUGUGGAUUCUGUGAUUGUCUCGUCGACGGCCCGUUAAGGGAUCGCAUUGUUCUCGGGAUAAACAACCACGCUCUUCGAAAACGCUUGCUGCAAGAGAGA